AUUGGACCCUAAUGAAUGCACACCUUUGCAGCUGUUAUUCUUGUCCCAACGCGAGAAUUGGCCCUCCAGACAUCACAAGUUUGUAAAGAACUUGGGAAGCACUUAGAAAUUCAAGUCAUGGUUACUACUGGUGGAACUAGCUUAAAAGAUGACAUAAUGCGUUUGUAUCAACCAGUCCAUUUACUUGUUGGAACUCCUGGAAGAAUCCUUGAUCUUGCAAAAAGGGGUAUUUGCAUUUUGAGAGAUUGCUCCAUACUUGUUAUGGAUGAGGCUGAUAAGCUCUUGUCGCCAGAGUUUCAACCUUCUAUCGAGCAGUUAAUUCGCUUUUUGCCCACAAAUCGUCAGAUCUUAAUGUUUUCUGCUACCUUUCCUGUCACCGUAAAAGAUUUCAAAGAUAGAUAUCUGCGGAAGCCGUAUAUCAUCAACCUUAUGGAUGAGCUUACUCUCAAGGGUAUAACACAGUAUUAUGCUUUUGUUGAAGAAAGACAGAAAGUGCACUGCCUGAACACACUCUUUUCAAAGCUUCAAAUAAAUCAAUCUAUUAUUUUCUGCAAUUCUGUGAAUCGAGUGGAGCUUCUUGCCAAGAAAAUUACAGAGCUUGGGUAUUCUUGCUUCUACAUUCAUGCUAAGAUGCUUCAAGAUCAUCGCAACAGAGUGUUUCAUGACUUCCGCAAUGGUGCAUGCAGGAAUCUCGUAUGUACUGAUCUAUUUACAAGAGGGAUAGAUAUUCAAGCAGUCAAUGUUGUGAUCAAUUUUGAUUUUCCUAAGAACUCAGAAACAUAUUUACACAGGGUUGGUCGAUCUGGGAGGUUUGGACACCUUGGGUUAGCCGUGAACCUGAUAACCUAUGAGGAUCGCUUUAAUUUGUAUAGGAUUGAACAAGAACUUGGGACAGAGAUCAAGCAGAUCCCUCCACAUAUAGACCAGGCUAUAUACUGCCGGUGAUCUGUGUUGGUGACUUUGCUGCAUGAAGUUGUAUCACUAGUGAGUCAUAUCAUAUAUGUGCAUUCAUGUAUCGUGUGUGUUUAUAUUUUAAAAUUUUCAGCAGUUCGGCUCUAGUGACCAGUUUGAGUUGAACUUAUCCAAGUUGUUUCAUUCAGGAAAUCUAGAUAAGCAGUGUAGUAUCAUAUUUACAGUCUGUUGUAUUCAACUUUGGUUUGUUUACUGUCACCUAACUGCAAUAUGACAUCGUUGAGUAGUUCCAUUUCUGAAUAAAUUGUUUGGACAUUAAUGUC